CCCUAAGCGCAGAGCGGAGGAGGUCGGGAACGGAAUUCCCAGGGCUGUUCCCCCACUCCCCAACCUCCACCCUCACCCGGCCCCCAGUGCGCAUGCCAGGGAGGAAGCUCCCUUGCUCUACCCCCUCCUCUUCCUGGCACUGAGUCCAGGGGGGAGGGAGGGAGUGAGGUAGGCACUGGGGGGUGGGGGUGGAGAGCACCAGCGAUCCUCUGCACCCUGACCCCCCACCCACCCAACCCACGCACCCACCCACCGGGCACCCACCGCAGGUGGGGGGUGGCCGCCCGUAGAGAGACGCGAUUACAAGUUGGAGCUUGCAGCUGCUUCUGGGGAGGGGGCACCAUGAACCAAGGGGUAGGCUAGUGUGGCUCCUGAGUGGCGUGAGCUUGCUGGACAGGUCACCAUCUGGAUUCUCAGAAGAGAGGCCGCUGGACUGACUAUGAGUGCCUCAAGGGAACACACCCAGCCUUAACAUCGCCUGCCGCGAGGUUUGCAGCCAUGAGCAGGUACCCAAGCGCUGAGGGAGCACAAUGAAUGGCGGCGAUGAUUGCUCUGGUGUGGAUCGAGGUGGGCGUCCAGCAGUCACACCUGUGCCUGUGGGCUGGCAGCGCAGGGUGGAAGAGGGCAGAGUGUGCUAUAUCAGUCCUAGCGGGACGAGCUUGGCUUCAUUGGAGCAGACUCGUGCGUAUCUGCUGGCGGACGGCACUUGCAAGUGUGGGCUGGAGUGUCCCCUCAACGUGCACAAGGUUUUCAACUUCGACCCUGCAGCAAUGGUGAUUGGGAGUGAAGGCAGCAAGGGAGACCAAGACAUGACCAAGCUCUGCAAUCACCGGCGGAAAAUUGUGGCGAUGGCAACACUUUAUCGCAGCAUGGAGAGCCAUGGACCGCUGGGCCUACCACCUCUGGGGCCAGGGGCUGGGAUGACUCUGCCACCUCAGCCAGCCAUGCCAGGGUCCAGCACUUGCCUGCAGCAGACUCUUUCCAGCAAAGCUCCAACCAGCUUGCCCAAGGGGCCAGAUCUCUCCUUGCAAUGUCCCUCUGAUCGUUACGGCAGUGUCUGGUCUGGUCCAAGCUCUUCCUUUCCCCGCCAUCACAACGCUUUCUUUGGGGAUGUCUUCCCAGGCCGUCUGCCACCCACUGUCAAUGGCGGUGCCCGCCCAACCUUCCCGUCUGAACUGAAUGCUGCUGGGAGUUCUUUCCUGCCCAGCAAGACCUCAGCAGAUGCAUCGCCCCGGCCCUAUUCAUCCAACAGUUUCCUCUUCCCCUUGCUAGAUGAAAUGGGGCCUGGUCAAGAGGGCAGCCCCUGGAGUGGUCGUUCCAUCCCUCUUGGCUCGCAGGCGAGUGCUGCCGGCUCGCCCGCCCCCACCAGCCUCUCCUCCGUUUCUUCGUCAGCAGGCAGCGCUGAGCCUUCUCCACAGCGGUCACGGCACUCCUCCGCCUCCUCCGAGCAGGGCCCCUCUGGACACCGCCUGGCUUCUAGGCCCUCCAGCUUGGACGCAGCACCCCCGACCAACGCCUUAACCAACCAAAGCAGCAAUAACCUGCCCUCAGUGCCCUUAGGAGCUGCCCCGGAAGGCAAAGGACCGCCUGGCCUGCUGCUCCUUCCUCCACAGGGCCCAGGCUCUUUCCCAGCCAGCAGUUUGUUGAGCGCAGCUGCCAAGGCCCAGCUGGCCAGCAGGGGGCGUCCCGAUGAGCUGGCUGCCAGCACUUUACCCAACCGCUUGCUGCUGUCAGUGGUCGGCGGGCGGACACCUCGGCGGCAACGUCGCUCCCCCACUGUCCUGCGCCUGCUCAAGGAUUCCCACGCAGGGCAGGCGGGGGUCACCCAUCCUGAGGAGACACUGACCCGACACCCCUGGCCUAGGGACCAGCCCCCCGGAGGAGAGGCCAAGAAUGGACCCCCAAGCUCAGCCACCCCGGUACAGCCGCUGGCCUCUCUGCUCAGUCUGCUGGCUCCUCCCGGGAGUUCACCUACGCCAGGCCUGCCCCCACUUCUCCAGGCCCCUGCUGGCGACAGUCCCAAUUCUUUGCCCCCCUUCCAGGACUUCAACAGCCAACUCCUCAGCCUCUUUGGUCAGCUGGCUUCUGCGUCUUCCGAACAGAUCUCAGGGAGUUCCACACAGCCAAAACCUCCCACCUCCCCGCUUGCAUCCCAUGGACCCCCAGGUGCUGCUGCUUCGGCUUCACUCAUGACACCCAAAGCCCCUCUCGCCCCCAGCCCUGUUACUGUCACCACCAGCACAGUGGAAGGUGGGGGCGUGGGCUGCCCGCUGCCCACAGGCACCGAUCCGUUCCCUUUCCUGGCACAGGAACAAGCACUGCCGUUUGGGAAUGCUCUACCUCCUGGGCUGUUCCCCCUGGGCUCCUUCCCCUUCUCGCUGACCUUGGGCCCAGAGACGCCACUUCCCCCUCUUAACCUGCAGGAGGAGCCAGACGGACAGCCCUUGUUGCCUCUGGUGCUGCCCAGCCUGGAUUUGCUACAACAGCCAAGUGGGCUCCUGGCAUCACUGUUGGCGCUGCCAGAGGCGGCUUAUGAAGGGCAGAGGGAAGCAGCGACAACGGAGCCAUUGUUGGAGCCCUUCGCCAGCUUGCCUGAAACUCUGCAGCCCCUGCUCUUCCCAGCACUUUCCACCCCUUCAGCUAUCCUAGCUUUAAACUCGGCACUGUUGGCAACCGGCCUGGGCUCUUCUGACACAGGACCGAGCCCCACACAGACUGGACUGGCUAACACUCCUGUGGCACCUACCUCCACUAACACCACACCGACAACUACUGAGGGUACCCCCAGUGCCUCUGGGCGUCUGAAUCCCAUAUUGCCCCAGCUCGUCAACCCGCUGCUGAGUACCACACUUCUGGGUGAUCUUCCAUCCCUGAACCCAGCCUCAGGCCCCUCACUGAUUGGAAGUCCUCUUCUCCAGGCCCAGCAGCCUCUUUUGCCACCCAGUCUGCAAGGGCCUCUCGGAAUCCAGCUCUUCCAAGGACAGCUGCCCUUCCUAGCAGGCUCCAACCCCCUGGCCUGCCUCCUCCAGAGCUUACAGCUAAGCACUGGUUUCAGUGCCCCAGAGAAACUGGUGCUACCCAGUGAACCUCCAGCCUCAGCCUUGUCCAGCGUGCUCCCUGUGCCAGAGACUGAGCCAAGCCACCAGGCUAUCUUGCCCCCUUGCAUGGACACUGCCCUCACAAGUGCCUUAGAGUCGCCCAGAGCCCUUGAGCCAGCCCAGCAAGGAGAACAGGAGGCCCCCGCAAGGCAAGAAGCCAGCGGUUCCCACUCUCCCCACAAGCGGCUCAGAUGUAGCCCAGAAGAACUGAAUGGGGACUCUGCCAGCAGCCUUUCACGAGGAUCACUCCGGGGCAGCAAGACUGGACGCCGUGGGGGUGGGCGGGGGCGGGGCAGGCGGCACUUCAAUGGCCAGCUUCCUGAGUUGGGCACAGGACUUCUGUCGCAUCCCACUUGGCGUUGCAACGGGGAAAUGGUGGCUAGCAGUGCAGAAACCCAAGCAGGCCCUUUUGCUGUUCAGGAGAUAAAGGGCCCUCCAGGUAGGCGACCAGCCCGACGUGGCCGAAGGAGGAAAAGUGGUGUCCGGCCCAGUGGCCGACCUGAGACUACACGGAUUCGGGGUCCUAGCAUUGAUCCAGGGUCCAGCCCAUUGGUUGACUACACUGUUGCUCGACGGCCUCGGCCUGGCCGGCCUGUGAAAAACAGGAGGAGGAAAUUGGCCACAUAACACUGCCUGACUGCGGGGUCUCCACCACUAUCCAUUCUGAAGCAAAGAGAGCUUGGGACAUCUGUCUCUCCCCAUCCAUGACCCCCUUCCAUCUCUGGGGCUCAGCCUACGGGUGUAACUCCAAAGGAGGGGAGGAAACACCAGCAAAAGGAUCGGUUGUUGCUGAUGGCUCUGAGCAUCUUGACCAUGAAUGUGUUUUAGCUUCACCACUUGCCUGGAUCCGGAAUCUUUUGCCAGAGGGGUCUCUAAAAGUACACGGUGCAGCUCUGGUCUCAGCAUUUUUUUGGAAGGGUGGGGGUGCUGUCGGGAGGAGGCUAAGGGGGAGGGGGGAGAGGAAGAGGGCCACGCCCAUAGCACUUCUUGAAGCCAUGUUUGUAACGUUCCUCUUGGUGGCGCAGGAGGCCCUCCUGCCCUUGCUUUUGUGUCUUUCCCCCACCCCUGGUGAGAUUCCCCUAAACAGUUGGGUCCCCCAAACCUCAGCAAGGAGUAGCAAGGGCCGUGUCCUCCUGGAGGGAGACAGCAACGCCCUUUCACUUCCCACCUUACCUCAGGCCUGUGUGCACUGCACGCAGGUGAGAACCGGCUCAGGGUUUUUAGUACAAGAAUCAGUCGCUUCUUCUCUCUGCCUUGCCAAACAUACACACACUCUUUACACACGCGCACACACACACACACGCAGGCAAGCUCGGUCCUGAUCCCAGUGGCCAAGGUACAAAGCAAUAAGGAAAAUAAGCCACGUUAAGUUCAAGGAAAAAUCCUUUCAGUUUUUCCAGAAAUUUCUUCCCUCCCUCCCAACACAGCCACUCUGCCUCUAUUUAUAUGCUAUUCAAAGACAGCGACAAUAUGCCAGACCCUGAAUGGUGACUUAGCCUGUUCUGUCCUCCGCCUCAAGUCCAGUUGGAACUCUGGGACUGUAAGACUCACCUUUCUUCCCUACACAAAAAUACCCCCUUUUUUUAACAAAAAAAACCCCCCUAUAUAUUAUUUCCUUGUAUUUUCCUUUUUAAAAAAAAUCCUCAAAAGAACACUCAGGUCACAGCAUAUUGGGGUGGGGUGGAGAAAGAAGGUUUUGUGCUCAAAAAUACACUUGGCCCAUCUUUGCCAGCGCGAGCUCCCUUUCCCCCUGCUCCUCUCCUCAUUCAUUCCCCAAACAUAUACACUACAAUCCUCAUCUCUAAAUGACCAAAUCACGUCACAUCACACACACCCCUUCCCUCAUCGGAUUGCAACUCUCGACACAUUAUGCAAAAGCACUGUGUAGAUACUGUACAGGUUGUGCUGUGUCUCCCCUUCCCUCCCAUGCACUUCAACCAACCAACUUCGGCCUUUCUUUUGUAUAAAGAAGAAGAAAAAAAGGAAUGGGGGGAAAAAGCUAUUUUUCCUUUUUCGAGCUUAAAAUUUUGUUUUGUAAAAAUAAAAAUACACAAUUGUGAAUUGUAGCUUUUCUAUGGGAGCGACUUUUAAUUUAACAGAUGAAAAUAUUUUGAAGCUUAGAUUGAAGUUACUGUUUAUUUGUUUAUUUUUGGGGGGGGGUGUUUUGUAUCAAGUAUUAAAAUAUGUAUUU